UGACGUAUGCGAGCGACUAAUGCGGAAGCGGAAAUAGCGAGGGAGCGGUUGAAAUCUGCGGAGCUUCAAGAGCAAAACAAUACAAUUCUAGAAAUAUGGAGCUGUGUGAAAUAUUAUACAACAAGGCGGAAUAUAUCGAGACGGCGUCGGGCAAUAAAGUGAGCAGACAGUCCGUGCUUUGCGGCAGUCAAAACAUUGUCCUCAAUGGGAAAACUAUUGUGAUGAAUGACUGUAUUAUCAGAGGAGAUCUUGCUAAUGUCAGAGUUGGGCGACAUUGUGUCAUUAAAAGUCGUAGUGUAAUCCGACCACCCUUUAAAAAAUUCAGCAAAGGUGUGGCUUUCUUUCCCCUACAUAUUGGGGACCAUGUUUUCAUAGAGGAGGACUGUGUUGUCAAUGCCGCACAGAUAGGAUCAUAUGUCCACAUUGGCAAAAACUGCGUGAUUGGUCGACGCUGCGUCUUGAAGGACUGCUGUAAGAUAUUGGAUAAUACUGUCCUUCCCCCAGAGACAGUGGUUCCACCAUUCACUGUAUUCUCUGGCUGUCCAGGUUUGUUUUCAGGAGAGCUCCCUGAAUGUACACAGGAACUGAUGAUUGACGUUACCAAAAGUUACUACCAGAAAUUCCUCCCUCUCAGCCAGAUCUAGGACUAAACUUGAGUUUAUUGUUGUCUCUCUCACUUUGUCUUUCUGGGACCAAAAGCACCAAUGGACUGUUUCCUCACCCCCUUACUCUAGGUUCCAGUUAAAAUAUAUAUAUAUAUAUAUAAAAACAAUAAGAAAUACCACUAUUAAUAUAUGUUGUAUAAAAAAGUAUCAAAUAUGUGAAUCAAUUACACACACAUCUCUCAUGUCAGUAUGUUUAGACCGCUGUUAAUGCAUCUUAUUUCAUGCCAUUGCAACACAAGUCUUAUUUGCAUGGCUAGGGAAAAGAUUGUCAUUUGAUUGUCAAAGAUCAGUGAUCAGCUGAUAGACUGAAGGGCCUUUACCUAUUAAAAUUAGCAGUUUAGCUGUACCAUCUCUGCAACACUAAAUAGUUUCUGUGGUCAAAAAAAGAUUAUUACAGUUGCAAAU